GAAUUGGAUGCACCUGGGAAAGAGUCAGGACUGGGACACAGGGACAGUUUAAGAAGGAUGAGAGCGCAAGCCUGAGGAAGGCAGAAAUAGUUUGUAUUUUCAUGUGGGAUUUGCUGGGGUGGGGAGUCCUGCGAGCCCCGACCCCGAAGGAAGGGUGAACCUUGAGAGGCUGUAGUGUGAAUACAGGUACUCAGUGGGCCGAAGAUGAGGUUGUGAGAAAGGCAGGCUGAGGUAGGAAGAAGCUAUGUGGGGGUCCUGACUAGACAGACCUUGCCUGCUUGUUACUGGGUCCCUGGGCUGGAACCCAGAGGAAGGGGAUGGCCUGGGUCCCACUGAGGAAGGUAGUGGAAAGAUCUUGGAGACUAAUGGACUAAUAAUCUUGGAUCAAAGACUUGGUGUGAGGCUGUUGGACUCUGUUACCCCACAAGCAGUGGGACUAGAUGUGAGCUGGCUGGAGGGCUGAGUCACGAGAAGAGGGGGCGACUGGAGGGGCUAUUGGGAUGGGGUGCAAGAGAAGACCCUGCCGUGCCAUUCCUAGUCAUAGCCGAUCAGAGCUCUUAUACUUGUGAGGAGCUGCAUGUGGUUCAAGAGGCCAAUCCACCAGCAGUGGUGCUGAUGCCGUCAGGGACUAGAUGGGUGCCUGAGGUGGUGAGCCAUGCUGGGCAGGAGAACAAGACACCCCCAAGAAAUAAUCAGUAAGCACCGGAUGAACCUAUCCCACCAGGAUGCUGUGCCCCAAAGGAUCAAUCCAUCCAAAGAGUGUGACAUCAGCCUGGAGGUGUUUAGCAAAUCCACACCUGAACUCAAACAGAGCCGCAAGCUGGCACAGCAAGCACGGGACAGGAGAGCCCGCAAAGCUGACCUCAAAGACUCCAACGGGAGGGAGGCAGAAACAAUUACCUUUAUUUCUGGCACAGCAGAGGCUCCCCAGACCCAGAGCUUGUGCUGUCUUUCUUUGUCUCAGGCCUGGAAUGCCUCCAAGGCUGUUCUCUGCUGUAUAGUGGCCUGUGGGGGCUGCUUUAAGAAUUGCAGCAUUCACAUCCCCUGCAUGGGUCACACGGAGACUUCAAUUGAUGAUGGAAGAAACAGAGAGCAAAACGGACGUGUGCCUAGCAACAGCCCUGCCAACAUCUCCCCUGUUGAAAAGAAUGGGAACCAGAUCAAAAAGAACACCAUGGGGAGCAGCUUCAGCUACCCAGAUGUGAAACUGAAGGGGAUCCCUGUCUAUCCAAACCGGAGCCCUGGCAACCAUACAGAUGCAGAUUCGUGCUACAAAGAGCCCCUGCCAGAGAAGACCUUCAGAAACAGUAUAGAAAAGCCACCACUCCCCAGCAGCCACCGGAGCUCGGAGGAGUAUUACUCCUUCCAUGAGUCUGAUCUGGAUCUCAGUGAGUUGAGCAGCUCUAUGUCCAGCAAAGAGAUUGAUGUCUUGAUCUUCAAGAAACUGACAGAGCUCUUCAGUGUCCACCAGAUUGAUGAGCUGGCCAAGUGCACAUCAGACACCGUCUUUCUGGAGAAGACCAACAAAAUCUCAGACCUGAUUAAUAGCAUCACUCAGGACUACAACCUGGAUGAGCAGGAUGCUGAGUGCAGGCUAGUCCGAGGCAUUAUACGCAUCAGCACUCGGAAGAGCAGGGUCCGGCCCCCCAUUUCCAUUCCUGCCACCAAAAGCCACGAGGAGAAGAUGAGCAGAGGAAAUCCACCGGACAGUGGCAAUGAAACCAUGCUUGAGUCCCUAAUCUCCAGCCAAGACGAUUUGGCUGUGCAGAUAUCAGAGGAAACCACAGCAGAUGUGAUAGCCAGGAACAUGAGGCGGUUCAGCACUGCAGGGUCUCCAAUGAGCAGAGCUUCCUCCUAUCAGGACACAGAGACUGAUUCGUCUGGAGCACCACUGCUUCAGGUUUACUGUUAGAAUAAUGGACCAAGGCAGAGCUCUGUGGCGGGAGAGGUCGCUGGGCCUUACAGCAAACAGAGUUCCUCAUCUCUUUUCAUAUAAAACAUGCUAUGCCACUUUAUUUUCUUCAGUUCUCAUUUUCCCUUGUUAAAGUUCAACUUGCCCCUCAAUCUGUGGGGUGCAUUGGAUUAUUUUUCUGUGUGUGGGAUCAUAACAGAACCUUGAGGAAAUGGACCAUGAAUCUAGUGAACUUAUUCAGACAAUGGGACGUGAGUUCUUGGAACAGAAGAUGGACAAGGGGAUACUGACAAAGGGAAUAUGUUCUGCCUUUGUGGGAACUUGCAGUACUACUUCCACUCUUGGAAUGCAGUUUUAGUACCCAACCAGACAUCAGACAUCCAGCUGUUGCCCAGCUCCAAGAGUCAGCUGUACAGUUUUUGCCCUUCUGGCACUGUAGAUGUUAAUGUAUGUUGUGUAGCUUUGUUGAUGAUAGGAAUGUCUUUUCAUUUGUAGCAAUUCUGUUGAGGUGAACUCCAAGGCUGUAAGAACACCUGUUUAAGAUCCCAGAUGUCUACUUACCAUUGCUGGCCUUGAUUGUCCCAGAGGCUGAGUCCUCUAUGCACGGUAGCCAGACAAGCUUUCUUGACAAAGUGCCUUACACCUGUCCUGAAGGGACCACCUCAGAAAAGAGAGGAUAGUUCAGCCUCCAGGGUUCGUUUAAUCCUUGGCCUUUUUGUAGUGGGUGCCAACAAAGCAACCAAGCCAAUUAGUGCUAACUACAAUGUGGACAACUUGUUGAUGAGACUAACUGGACUGCGACCCAACUCUUGUCUCUCAGGUUAUCAUGCAACCAUUGAAUAACAACUUUAAAUCACUGCCGGUCUGGUGAGAACCACUGACAUGAGGUAUUAAGUAGACAAAGGUGUUGAUUUAUAACUCAUUUGCCAAUCAGCUUUUCCCUCACUCAUCUGCCAAGGCUUACAUAGCCCUGGGUGGUCAUGUUAACUGCUGGAGAAAGCCCUGACCUUGGGUCUUGGCAGGUAAGUGAAAGACAAGACUUUUUUAAAAAUUACAAAUCAGUCCUCCCUGUAACUCUGCCUGUGUGUUUGGGAUCUUAAAUGCUCCUUAAAAAUGCUCCCUGGAAAACUUUGCUGUUGCCUUUAAAGGGAGGGAGAAGGGAUUUGUGGGGGAACUCUCCAUGAAGUGUAUGUAGGGAACUGAUUAUUGCUGUGUAAAUGUGACUCUCACCCCCCUUUGCACAGGGGUGUUCAGUGUGCUCAGCCUCUUUCCUAGGAGCUGUGGCCACCCUAAAGGCACCAAACUGGGUGACCUUGAGGGCUGCAGCUUUUCAGAAGCCUGAGGGCUGCACCUCACUGGCAUCUCCACUGGCUCGUUUAUCAGAAAGUAAACACCCCCAGCCAUGAGACUCGUUUAUACACCUCAGUGCCUUAGCAGGGGAAUAGGAAAUGCUCGUUGGUGGAAUUAACCAGCAGUGAAACCGGUGUCCAUUGUUGCUAGAGCCAGACGCUGGCAAAGGUUGGCUCUGGCCCUGGUGUAGGCCGCACUUCUGUGCUUAAGCAAAGGAAAGGUGUCUUGAGCUUGUUGGUUGGGACUUUAGAGCCUGUGUUUGCCCCUAUGCUUUUCAAAGAUUUGGAGCUUUUCGUUCCUCACUUCACUAAGGAGGCUUAUACAGCUGCCGAUUGUGGACAGAACCCCCUUGAAACAUACCGUUCACCUGAGCCACAUUUAAGUCCCACUCAGACCUACUUGCUGUUCUUGUAAAUUACUUGCUUUUAAAAAAUACAGAUUCAAUCCUAUCACUUGAAACAUCAGAAACACUGGCUCAUGAAUCAGUGCUGACUCGGCAAUGAUAUUUAGGCUAAAUAACUGAUCCCACAUCACUUCGAAGCUUCUUCCACAUUUGUCUGUGUUUUCUUGUGGCGCUGUGUCCCACGUUUGGGCCUUUGACGGGCUCAGAGGGAUGGUCUGGCAAUGCGGGGGCCACUGAAGUUUUGGUGAGUUCGACUGUAUUUCCUUAGGCUUUGUUUUUUAAAGCAAUGAAAUGUAAAUUUGAAAAAGCCCUCCCGCUUGUUCAUGUGAGGACCUGACCCAAAGUGGUGGCCAGGACUCCUGGCAAACAGAGACUGACUGACUAAAUACGUAAUAUUUUACGUACUACAUUUGAUGGGCCUUGCUGCCUCUUGGCUUCUGAACUAGUUUGUAAAUAUGUAUUUGGAUAAGUUUGCUUUUUAAAAUGCACAUUUACGUGACAACGUAGCGUGGCGCCUACUGCUGGAAGAAACUGAUUCCAUAUAGCACCUUGAUGAGGCAGUUUCAGGAAGAGCUGCCAAUGGUUGCUGCCCAGAUGCAACAGCAGACUUUUACAACUGUUUAUACAGCCAGUUAUGCCAAUAGUGCCUGACAAUGUAUGUGGCUUAAAACUCCGAGUGAAAAAACCAGUGGGUGUUAGAGGUGUAAAACAAUCCCUGAAACUGGCAAACCUGUUGUAUGUUAUGUUGGACUCAGUCUUUCUCUGGUUUUGGUUUUUGUUUUUAAUUGCUCCCUAUUUAAUUAGGCUUUAAAUUUCAGCCUGAAGCAGAUUUUAAGCACAUCCUUUGCUGAAGGGUCUGGGAGAGAAGGGCGUGUGUAGUGCCCUGCAGCUGGCAGACAGCAGUGCUCCAGCUAGAAGUUUCUCUUGUGGUUGACCAUUGUGUUAAGUCUGUAUAUGUUUUUCCCCCAGUUGAUUUAAUGCAGCCUGGUGUCUGGGGAGCAAUGAGGGUCUGUAUAAAUAAAGUAGCCUCUUGGGAGCUGUCUGUGUGCAGGGAAUGUGUGGGGGGGAGUUAAUAAAGGGGAGACACUGUCAAUGACAAUUCUACAGAACUGAGGCCAAUCUUCUCUACAGUGUCUCUCUUCUCCCCCCCCCAUCUUGUACUCAUUUAAUCCAUCUGGAGGAACCACACCCUCAUGAAACGGGGGGGUGAGAGGGGGGUCAGAGCUUUUUUGUUCUCCUGACCCUCUGACUUGAAGGACCAGUUUUGCCUUUUCAAAGUCAGUUACUCAUCUAGCAGCUAGUUUGCAAAGUCCUGCUCCUGCACCUGCUGUCACUCUCCUUUUUUGGGGUGGGGAGGGGUUGGGAGGGAGAUGGUCAAUCAAAGGAACUCCCAUGUCUCUCUAGCUUUGUGAUUAGAUGAGGGAGUGUGGCUGCUUAUAGGGUAAUUACCUUGUCAUAAACUUUUUCAAAGGUAUGGGGGUGUGGUAAGAAUUGGUGCCAGACCCUUCUUUCUCAACUUUGCAAGGAACUUCCUAGUGACAGUGGGGCUCCACUGAGACCUGAUUGUUGGAUUGGAAGGUAGUUGGUUUGGGGAGAGGGAGAGAUUUAAAUCCCCCUUGUUGGGUCAGGGGUUGCUAGGAUCCUUUCAGUCUGAUCUGAGAUCUGGAGCUUUUUACAUCUAAGUUGCCAUUUGAAUGGUGCUGCAGGCAGUAAUGAUUGAAAACUCCUCACUGUUGCGUGGCUGGUGUGAAACAAGCUGUUUGGUGUCAAGCCAGUGAUUCCCAGCACAACCCCCCUGUUCCAUUUGGGAGCUAUGGCUCUCUGUCUAGAGAGGCAAAAGAUUGAGACCAAACUCCCUACUUGCUUCUGCAGUUAGGCCCUCCAUGUGGAGGUCCAGGGAAAGACGUUUGGACUGCAUUUACUGGCACGGUACCCCUGGGCUAAGUAGAGGACAUCAGACCGUAGAUCUGUCAAGCUGCCAUCUUCCACCAACACUAAAUAUCCAGUCAGACCCCUGCAGGGAGACAGCCUUCCUUUUUAGGGUUCUUUAUUUUCAUUUAAAAAAUAUAAAGGGAGGAAAAAACCCUUGUUCUAGGCUGGCAGUGGGUCUUGGCUGGAAGGGCUCUGCCAGGGAAGAACCUUUGCUUGUGAACAGAGCUGUUUGAUUGGUGAACCAGGGCAACAGGUAUAUAGAACUAAUACGGCCAGCUCCACUUAAGUGGCAGUAACUUAAGCUGCCUUUCAGCCAACUUUCUGAAUAGCUGCCUCAUCCGGGUCUGUUUCGAAGCAGCUUUGGAAGAGGGUCCGUCAGCUUGCAGCCAGAUAAUCACAGGGCAGCCCCCUCGCAAAAAGCCACUCUAGGAUGCGCCACUUACUCUUUUCCAGCUGCUUUAUGGGACCCAAGUAGGUUUCCCUUCUGUUUUGCCAGCUUCCUGUUUGGGGUUAGCUUAUUUUGCAUUAGUGGUGGGGAACGGCUGAUUACCACAGAAUUGCUCUGUUGUUUUGUACUAGUGAUCAGGCAUAUUUUUGAUAAACCAGGCCAUCCUAAAAGUUGUGACUCGGGUUAUUACUUAUUUGUACUCAGCCGUGAGUAGAGGCCUCACCCACAAUUGGGAGCCCAUCAAGUUACCCACUUUGUGCACACAUGGUGAAACAUGUCCCUGCCCCCAAAGAGCCAUGUAAUCAUACCAAGCUGGCCCUUGGUUCCGAACCCUCAUUAAUUGCUGUUCUCAGAAUAUUUCUAGGGAGUAACUAGGAUGUCUACUGCCACCUUAGACUGUUUAAAAUAAAGAUCUGACAAUGUAUCCAUCUCACUUCUUGGUUCCUUGUAGAAUAGCAGUGAAAGUGCUUUAAAUUCUCAUUCCCAAGCCUGUGUGUCACUUUAUUUUUUUGAACACUGCUGUGUUCUCCCCAUUCAUGCUUGGGUAUUGAAUGAAUUUGCAACAUCUUUUUGCUACUGGAAGAGUUGUCAUGUUUGUCAGUCCAGCAGUUUCUUAGGCUGUGUCUACACUACACAGCUUUUAGCAUAGCUGCUGUUUGUCGCCUUUUCUGCCAACAAAAAAACUUCCACCCCCAAUGAGCGGCAUUUGCCGGCAGCUCUCCUGCCGACAACACACAGUUCACACCGACACUUGUCGAGGCAAAACUGUUGUCUUUUAGGGUUGUUGUGUUUUUUUGUUUGUUUGUUUUUUAACACCUCUGAAAGACAAAAGUUUUGUCGUCCAAUUGUCAGUGUAGACCUAACCUUAGUUGCUGUAUCUGGAUCCACUCUGAGUGUCAAUAUUGGGCAUGGUACUGAAUGGGGCAAGUGAUCUUUUGGGAAGAAUAUGGUGACUAGGGAACUAGUGCCAAACACUAAAAGAGACCAAGAACUGAGCAACACAGGACAGGGAUUUUUAGGCAGACUGGUUUUAACAUACAUUUACCUCCAAUGUCUAAAUGAACAUCUGUGAGAGAGGAUUUCCCCCCUCCCACCUUUCAGCUGAGAGCUCACAAAACCUUCAACUUAUGGGUGUUUCCUUAAAAGAGAGUCUGAUUCAUGAUGAAUCUAAGUGUUAGUGCUAUCCCAUUGUCUCACACCUGUUAGUUACAUAAAUAUCUGUGGAUUUAACAGGAACCGGUCUUCAUGAUGAACAUGCAUGCAGCUAAAAUCAGCAGGACUGAGGUUAUGUUGGGAAACCACCUGUGAAUUUACUUCCUUUUGGGAGCUUGAGUCAGCAUCUUUAUUUCACUGUUGACGUCUUUGAUUUUUUUGGUUAAGUUUUUCAGUGAAAUAAAUAGCAAGUCUCCACUGAGCAUGUGUCUUAAUCACCAUUGGAAAAACCACCUAAUGGUGCUCUUCAGAGAUUUUAUGAUCUGUUACAUGACUACGCCCUUAGCAGAAAUCUAGGACCAUGCAGGUCAUUGACCUGAGCAACCAUGGUAGCACCUUCAUCCUGGCUGUUUCUCUGCAUACAUAUGAAUCUAGAACAUCCUUGUGCAAAAAUCAACUCUAAAUGCACAGGCCCCUGCUUUCAAACCCCUUGGCCGUGAUUCAGUUUUAUUUUGUUAAAGCUAGCAAAAAGCGAUUGAUCUUCCUAUGAAUAAACAGACUCUGGUUAGGGUUGGCAAUUUUGAUUGAAUGUAUACCUGGAGGUUUCAUCACAUGACUUCUUUAAUUCCUGGAAACUCUGGGACAAUCCUGGAGGGUUGGUAACCCUAACUCUGGUCUGUGUUUUUUAAUUACUGUUUGGAGCAUGCAAAGAAAAGCAAAUAAACACUGUUCCCCUCACCCACCCACCUCUU